AUGGGCGCGGGGUCAUGGACUGAGUCUGAAGAUCAGAUUUUGCGAAGAGAAUAUGCUCGACAGGGUGCUGAAAAUACCUCGUGCACAACACGUUGGGAUGCGAUCGCCUCCUGUCUACCUGGAAGAACCAGCCGCGACGUCCGAAAGCGCUGGAUCAAUGUACUGGAGAACCAGUUUAACAAAGGUGCAUGGACUAAAAGCGAGGAUGAUCGACUACGCAUCGCAGUCCAGCUGCACGGAACGAGAUGGGUGAACGUCGCCAAAGACGUAGGUACCCGUAGCGCAGACCAAUGCUCGAAGCGAUGGAACCAGCAUCUCGAUCCAGCCCUCGUGCCUUCGCAAUGGACCCAAGACAAGGCUGUAUUGGCCUCUAUCUCCGAUGCUCCCCCUUGCUGCCAGAACGAAGCAUCUGGCUCACAAAACACCACUGUACCCCUCGGAAUCAUGACACCAUUGUCCGACACAAGUCUUUGGAACCUCCAAUCAGUCCCAUGGACUCCUGCAUUUCCAGAAACUAUUGAAGACUAUACUAUUACUGGCGUGGGGUCCCCCACUUCGGACUUUUUCUCGUCUCAGCUCGACGUUCUACACUAUUCCCUUCCUUCUGAUAUGACCAUCAAUUAUUCCGCAUUGUUAGACUCUGGGACAAUUCAAGAAGCACGAGAUACUUUCAGUCUCGUAGAUGGAGACCUAAGCCCUUUGGAUCCUUCCUCUUCAGCCUCUUCAGCCCAAGAAGUCUCACUGGUCAUUCAGAACCCCGACCAAAAUCUUAUUACUCGCAUGGUAAAUGAGUUGGUAACAGCAAAGGUGGAUUUCAAGGUUGUCCAGGGCUCCACUUAA